AAAUUUCAAAAAUAAAUAAAAUAAAAAUCAUUUUUUGAAAAAAGAAAUCACAAGAUUUGAAGAUCACUUCAAAGUUCAGACUAGUAGAAACCUGACCAGACGAGACCCAUUUAAGAAUCGGUCAGAUCUUUCUAAACCAGUGAUGAUUUAAUGGCGUUCUUCUACUUUUCUUCUUGAGAUGUUCUGAAAGAUAGAAUGAGCACAAUGGAUGCUGAUUUUGGAAGUGGUCUUGACCAACAACUCGCCAUCUCUGCCAAUGGAGGCUUGGAGAUCGAGGGAUUGAACGAGAAUCUUGAAGAUGCUGUCAAGUUGAACGACCACAAAACUUUAGCCACCGGAAAAGAAAUGGCAGAAGAACCUUCUUUAAAACCAGAAAGCCAUUCAACCAGCAAAUUCAAGAAAGUUGGAGCUAAAGAAUCUGGGGGUGAUUCUAAGAAUUUGAAACCAGUAAAGGGUAUCGGAAGGGCCAAGAAUCCCGGAAAUGUUGGAGCAACAGUUUUGAGCAAGAGCAAAGAUGAAAGAGAGGCGAUAAAACCUUCUGUUGCUUCAAAUGGUACCACCGGUGCUUCAAAAUCACAAAAAAUACAGAUUCCUGCUGUCAGAAAAAAUAAACCGUCUAACGAGAAGCAAGGUGUUGACAACUUAAGAUCGACAUCUUUACAAGAUAACUCUAAGCAUGAUGGGCUUCUUCCUGAUGCAACAUCAUCUUCCACAAGCGAAGAACAGUCUGAAGAACCAUCGGAGAAGACAAAGCUGAAGGCACUUAGAAAAAGUAGUCACGACAGUGAAAACGAAGAAAUGUCACAUUCUUCGCUAAGCCCUACUGCUGGAGAUUCCAAGCCCCGCAAAUCGGGUACUCUUCCAACCUACGGUUUCAGUUUCAAAUGUUAUGAAAGGGCUGAGAAAAGAAAAGAGUUCUAUUCGAAACUCGAGGAGAAGAUUCAGGCAAAGGAAGAAGAGAAGAGCAACAUUCAAGCCAAGACUAAGGAAUCGCAAGAUGCUGAGAUCAGAAUGUUCAGAAAGAGUUUGGCAUUCAAAGCUACACCGAUGCCAAGCUUCUAUCAGGAGCCUCCACCUCCAAAGUUGGAACUAAAGAAGAUACCUACUACAAGAGCCAAAUCCCCCAAGCUUGGUAGGAAAAAGACUGCAGACUCCAAAGAAAACGGUGCUCGUCCAGCUAGGUUAAGCUUGGAUGAGAAACUUACACAAAGCAACGUUGCCAAAGCACCACCGCAUGUUAAGAAACCGCUGAGGAAAUCUCUUCCAAAGUUGCCGUCUGAGGAAGCCGAUUUAUCCUUUGAAAAGAAAAAAUCUGUAUCUCGUAAAAUCACCGCUACCAAAGAAACAGGUGAAUCUGUGGUGGUGGUUCAGGCGAGCGAUUUAUCCGAGGAAGUGAAUAAAUCUGAGGAACCUGUUUUGGAAGUUCAAGAAAAUGCCAGUUUGGUACGUGAAGCUAUUGCAGUGUGAGCGUUAAAUCAGAUAUGAAUGGAUGAAGGUUGUGCAUAUCUUUUAACCUUAAAUAUUGGAGAGGGCUUCAAUAAAACACGAUUCAUCCAACAAUGGAGGCGUAUUAAGGGUUGGUUUGUCAUUUUAUUCAUAGUCAACGAAGAAAGUUUGGUUUUUUCUUUUAUAUGCUUUUUCCGAGCCUGGUGUGAGGGCCGAGUGUGGUGAACUUGUCCUAAGUUAUGUUAAAAAAAUACGAAUGUCAACCUUUUUUCGUAAGUGGAAAAUUUUGUGCCUUGAAAUAUUUAGGUGUUGUAGAUGUUGUUAGUUCGACUUUGCGCUUUGUAUUCCUUCGGAUAAUCAGCAACUUUUGCGUACUAUAUAAUGAGCUGUAUUUGUAUUUGCUUGCA